UUUGAUUUUUUUUUCAAUCUCUAAAACAAACAAAGAUAUUAAAAUGCACGUGGAUUUGUCUAUAGUAAAGGAAGAAGUUGAUAUUGAUGAUACAAAAAUCAAGUUGGAAGUGGAUGCGGACGCACAAACGUCUUCGCAACAAAUAGAAUUUCCAUCCAGCAGCAGCGAUGCGCUUAAAAUAAUUGAAGAGCGCCCCAAUAUGAUAACGGUGUCCGUGAAUGAACAGCAAUCGGAAGACGAGCGUGCAUUUUUGGCACAGAUGCUGGUUGAGCAGCAACAGUUAUUUGCGGACCCUGACAGCUGCAUUUCGUGGCACAAAUGCGUGUACUGCUCAAUGCGUUUUAACGCCGCUAAUGAAUUGGAGGCGCACAUAACGUUGCAUCGAUUGAAUAAACAUUUCUGUCUCCACGACUGCGGCGUGUGGUGCGAUACAUUGGAGGAGUGUCUCCAGCACGAGCAUUUGGAGCAUUCCUGCCGGCGUGGCAGGCCGCGUUGUGGCCUGUGCAAUGCUUUGUUCUCCGACACCAGCAGCUUAAACAAGCACAUGGAAACGCACCAGUUCGUGCCUCGAUUUAUUUGUGCGCUCUGUCGGUGGGACUAUCCGUAUCGAAACGGUUUGUUGUCGCAUUGGAAUGAUACAUCCAGCUUGUGCGGUCAACUGCAUCAUAUCGAUGAGAGGAAUGCACCCAAUAUCGAGCUGGUGCGCACCAAAGGUUGGUUCAAGCGGGAAAUGCCUUCGAUUUCUGGUGCCGGUACAAUACCCAACAAGCGCUGCAAGUUCGAAGAACCCUUCAGUGAUGUACAAAUAAAGAACGAACCUGUCGAGGACGAGCCUGGCGUAACCAUUAAGGACGAGCCUCUGGACGAGCACGAGCUAAACAACAAUAACAACAGCAAUUUGUACAACAGCGAACCUCAAUCUAAUGUGAAUCUCAGUACGGCUAGUCCCCAGUACACACCACCACCAAUCAGCAAAUUGCGUUUGCCGGCGCUGAAGCCGAUCAUAGACAACUCGGCGAAACGCGAUAAAGUGCCGUCGGUUGGUGUGCAGAAGGAAAAGCAAAAGCCGCAAGGCAUCAAAUUUGUGCCCGCUCCUAAAAAGUUCGCAAAAUCAAUGAUAAAGGUAUUGCCUUUCGCAAGCGAUACAUACCAAACAAGCAAAAGCCAACAAACACAAGCAGCGACUGGCACAGCCAAGCCAUUGCCCGGCACAAGACCCGCAGCUGCAGAAGGAGUACCAAUCAUGCCCAAGCCCAUGCCACUACCAAUGCUAGCGAGUUCAUUAACGGUUUCGGCAGCCACCACAACUUUGGCGCUGCCGCUUGUGACGGUGCCAACGCAAGCUCCUUCGUCCUUGGUGGCAAUGCCGGCCGCAUCCAACAUACUGCAGGUGCUGCCCAGCAACUGUGUGGUCAUCAAUUUGCCCGCCAACAUUAGGAUAGUCAAGCUACCCGGCAAUAACGAUGGCCAAAAUGUUUCCAAUCUACCCGCCCUGUCCUGUGGCAACAGCAUUGUGCUAACAAAUGUGACAACAAACAUGUCCACGCCCUCAACAACAAUAACAACCACAAGCACCGCUACAGCUACGGAGAAUUUGGAAAACGUGAAGCAGAAUCAGAAUCAAUUUGACGAGCCCCAGGAACGUCAUAAUUACUUUAACAAUUGUUUCUUUGAUAAAAUCGAAAAACUGCCGGAGUCACGCAAAAUAAUCGAGGAAUUGCAAACUAAAAUCCGUGAUAUAGAGAAGACUUUGCCGUUACCGGGCACUGUGUUGCAGCCGUCGAGGAAAAAAGUAAUCCACACUAUGAAAGAAAAGAUAAAGCCGACAAAGGAGGAGGUGUCCACUCCCGACUAUGCCUCAGUACUGAAUGAAGAAUUGCCAUAUCCGCCAAGGCCCUUGCUGGUCGACAUGCCCACAGCCACGGCCAAGAGGAGUGCCCUCAACCAGAUCUAUCCCGGCUACAGCUUUGUGUGGAGCUGUCCGAAAUGUGCAAAGUGUUUUGGGGAACUCUACCAGUUUCAUCAGCAUUUGGCUCUAGCCCAUAAUGUAGAACUGAGCCAAAUGGGCAAAGAAUUGGUUCAACUGAAGCCUUUCAAGAUUGCCAUCGACGAAAAUCAAAUGAAGACGUCAACACCACCAAUAAACGUUCUGUCAGUAACUCAACUGAAUAAGGUGGCAGAAACAGAAAGAAUUGCACCAGCAGCGGACCCAGCUCAACCAGCAGCCAGCACGUCGAUAGAAGAGCUCCUGGCCAUAGCUAAAGCCUCUGACAGCAGCGCAAAAACAGAGUUACGGCGCAGUCCAAAGUCCGAAACAAAUGAACAAACAACCAGCCCAAGCAAGAAGGUGGAGUCGAAACCAGCGGCAUCAACCACUACGUCAGCUUCCAAACAGCAGGCAUCCAGAAAUAAGAGGGGCAUGUUCCAGUGCCAGGAGUGCCACAAAAGCUUCACAACACCCGGCUCCCUCAACACCCACAAGCUGAUACACACCGGCGAGUUGCCGCAUCAGUGUAGUUACUGCGAAAAGCGUUUCCGGACGCGCGCCCAAGUGCGGGUCCAUCAUCGCCGUCAUACGGGCGAGAAGCCCUUUAAGUGCAAGGUCUGCUCGCUGGCCUUCACACAUCGUGAGACGCUCAUUUCACAUUUGUCGCGCCACAUCGGCAUGAAGCGUUACAAAUGCUAUGGCUGUGACAAGUAUUUUGUUGUUGUGAGUGGUUUGCGUGCCCAUCGCAGGCUACGGCCGGAUACGUGUGGCAAGGUGAAGUUUACAGCCCGUGCUCACGGACCCCGUGUCCGGGUAAUUCGAGGUGAGGUCGUAUUCGAGCAUCACCCAGAACAUAAUGGAUACCUACGCAGUGAGGAUCCGUUGAAAAUUUUAUCUGAGAUAAAGAACCCAUUCGACGAAAACGAAUCAACAUUGGAUGCAGAAGAAGGUGAGAUUGAUGCAACAGUUGCUUGAAUUUACAAAAAAAAUUUUACCACUUAACGUAAGUAUUACGUAUUUUUUAUAAUUCGCACUUUACACAAGAAAAAUGCUAUUUGUUUAUGUUUACACAUAUUGAUAUAUAAAUAUUUUUAAGACAUAUUUUUUAUAAAA